GACCCGGAACGCGCCGACCCAAACCCUAGCCACCGCAACCCUCAAAUUUGGUUUCCGCUGUCAGCGGUGGCGGCGGCCGUGGAGUACCAGCCGAGGUGCCAUGGACGUCGACAUUGCUAAGACGCUGGUCCCCAGCCUCAAUUUCUUUGGGAUGGACGAGACCGUGCUCACAUUGACGAAGAGCGCCUUCAUCAACCUCCCUCACCCGCCUGCCGCCAACGCCGCCCCCCUCUCCGGCGCCGUCCCGGCGAGAGCCCCCGAUGGGGUCGACCGCAUCAGUCUCCUCCCAGCUGGGAUCCUCCGCAACAUCGUCUCCCGACUCCCCGUCAAGGAUGCCGCGCGCACCACCAUGCUCUCCACGCGCUGGCGCCGCGUCUGGCACACCACGCCACUCGUCCUCGUCGACGCUCACCUCCUCCCCGUCGCCGGCACCACCGGGAGCAUCCACAGGGCCAGCACAUCCUCGUUCCGCCUCGGCGCCGUCCCGCCCGAGCGCGACCUCUCCAGCGCCCCGUGUGGCCUCGCCAACGCGGUGACCAGCGUCCUCGCCGCGCACCCGGGUCCCUUCUGCUGCGUGUACCUCACCGGUACACCAAUGGCUCCGCACCGGGAUGAGCUCGCGCUCUGGUUCCAGCACCUCUUCGCCAAGGGCACCCAAGAGCUCUUCUUUAUCAACUGCGUUAAGAAAUUCGACACCGACGUGCUCCUCCCCGCCACGAUCUUCAGGUGCACCUCCCUCACCAAGCUCUACAUCGGCUUUUGGAGAUUACCAGAAACCGCCACCCUAAAAGGCGCCGCCGGAUUCCCCUACCUCCAGGAGCUUGGCCUCUUUUCCCUCAUCAUGAAGGACGAGGACCUCAUCUUCGUUUUGAACAGAUGUCCCGUCCUGGUGAAACUCCUGAUUGUCGGAAGUCGGUGGCCAGUGUGCCUCCGCAUUCAGUGCCACAGUCUACGCUGCGUGGAGGUAUGUGAGGGUAUCGCGUCCGAAAUCACAGUGGUGCAUGCUUCACACCUGGAGAGGCUCUUGAUGUGGGACGCUUGGGGUGCCGGUGGUUUCACCAACCUGUCUUUCAAGGUCAAGAUUGGGCAUGCACCAAAGCUGCGCUUCCUAGGAUUCUUGGUGCCUGGAAUGCACAAACUGGAGAUUGGGAACACCGUCAUCAAGGCUGAGACUAAGGCAAGCCCAAACACAACUGUACUGAGUGUCCAGAUGCUGGCAGUUCAAAUUAAACUUGGAACCCGCAUUGAAGCCAAGAUGUUGCCUAGUUACCUCAGAUGCUUUCCCAACGUGGAGACGCUCUACGUUCAGUCCGAGAACGAUGACAUCAAGUUAUGUGGACCUCAAUCGACUGGCACAGGCAAACUGAAUCUCAAGUUUUGGAGGGAGGUGGGUCCAAUAGAAUGUGUUCAGCGGCACAUCAAGAAGGUUGUUCUCCGGGAGUUCCGGGGUACCAGAAGUGAGCUUGACUUCCUUAAGUUCAUUGCUGAGCAUGCACAAGUCCUUGAGAAGAUGGUGAUUGUGUUGGCCCAUGGAAAUUCUCCUACAGAUUCUGUGGGUACCAACCUGAGGACUAAAAUGGCUUCGGCAAAUUGGGCCAAUCCACGCUGUGAACUGAUGAUUUUUCAGACUCUAUUUCAUCAACAAGGUACAGCUUGGUGCUACCUAGCAGCGUUUGAUCUUUCCAACCCAGACCCUUUUGAUAUCUCAAAAUGUGUCGAUAUGACAUGUCAAAGUCAAAAGUGUGCUGUUCCAAAAUCCACAUGCAAGGCACUCUUUGAGACUAUUGGCAAUGUAUCAUUUGAGGAAUAGGAACGUUUCUAUGCUUGGCUUCAGUGACUUUAUUUUGAACUUAUUUAGCAGCAGCAUGUGGCGUGCACAAAACUUGUUUCUGUACUUUGAUGUCAGUCAUAUUGCAUUGGGCAGCUUCUGCUAACUGUGAGCUAA